GAGCAACCGAAGAGCAUGUCGGGAGUCGGAAUCAAUGGCUUUGGCCGCAUCGGUCGCGUGCUUCUGCGCCAUUGUCUGUCGCGCAAGGAUGCGCAGGUGCUGGCCAUCAAUGACCCCUUAAUGGUUCCCAAGUACUUGGCCUAUACGCUGCGUUACGACUCCACUCACGGCAUUUGCAACAGAAACAACACACUGGCGGUUGAUGGUAAAAGGCUGCUGCAGGAAUCCGAUCCCAGGAAGCUCAAGUGGGAGGAACGGGGCGUUAAGACUCUGAAGGAUUGCCAGAAACAAAAGAAAAGAUCCAAAAUGUCACUCACAAACAAGAAUGUUGUUUUCGUGGCUGGUCUGGGAUGCAUUGGCCUGGACACCAGCAAGGAGUUGGUUAAGCGUGAUCUGAAGAACCUGGUCAUCCUGGAUCGCAUUGACAAUCCAGAUGCCAUUGCCGAACUGAAGGCAAUCAAUCCCAAGGUGACCGUCACCUUCUUCCCUUAUGAUGUGACUGCACCUCUCGCAGAGACCGCCAAACUCCUGAAGUGCAUCUUUUCAAAGUUCAAGACCGUCGAUAUCCUGAUCAACGGUGCGGGCAUCCUGGACGAUCAUCAGAUCGAGCGUACUAUUGCCGUUAACUACACUGGCCUGGUCAACACCACCACAGCCAUUCUGGACUUCUGGGACAAGCGCAAGUGCGGCCCAGGUGGCAUCAUUUGCAACAUUGGCUCCGUUACCGGUUUUAAUGCCAUCUACCAGGUGCCAGUUUACUCUGGCAGCAGCAAGGCGGCGGUGGUUAACUUCACCAGCUCCCUGGCGAAACUUGCACCCAUCACUGGAGUCACCGCCUACACUGUGAAUCCUGGCAUCACCAAGACCACUCUGGUGCAGAAAUUCAACUCGUGGCUGGAUGUGGAGCCCAAGGUGGCGGAGAAGCUGCUGGAGCAUCCCACCCAGACCACUCAGCAGUGUGCCAAGAACUUUGUCAAGGCCAUUGAGCUGAACAAGAAUGGUGCCCUCUGGAAAUUGGACUUGGGAACUCUGGAGCCCAUCAAAUGGACCAAGCACUGGGAUUCGGGCAUCUAAACGGGAUACCCGCCCCAUAACCCAUUCAAUGGGAUAGGGUUUUUAGCUUUUAGCUUAGCUUUUCCACUCAAUUAAAAUAAGGCUGAUUUGAUUU